AUGGGACAUCGGCUUAUAUUCACGUGUAACCCAGAGAACACGACACAUUUGCUAUCCACCGCAUUCGCUGAUUUCGAUAGCUCGCCUCUGAGAAAACCGUUAUUUGAACCGAUCACACCGCAUGGAAUUUUCACCCUGGACGGCGUAGGGUGGAAGGCAAGUCGAGACCAGCUACGCGGCCGAUUGGCAGAUCUAAGAAAGAUCAUUGAUUUGGAUCAGUGCGAAAAGCAUUUCCAAGCAUAUGUCAAGCAUAUACCGACGAAUGGAACCGUCUUUGAUGUUCAAGCUUGUAACUUUGCUUUGUCUUUGGACAUCCAGACUCUUUUCUCGCUGGGGGAGUCUGUCGAUGCUCUCAGCUUUACCCAAUCUCAAGAGAAGAAACAAUUUUUCGAUGAUCUCCUGGGUCAAUUCCUUCGCGCGUGCAAGAGAGCGCGAAAUUUCGUGUUAACACACGCGACUCGAGAGGUUCAGAAGAGAAGAGGGGUGGGAGAGAAGAUCGACUCAAAUAUGGAACGACAGGAGAUCUCUCAAUUUGCAGAUCAAGCUUUGAGUAUAUUAUUAGCAAAUGACAGUAUGAGCACUGCACUUUCAGGCAUGUUUUAUUGUCUUUCUAAGAACGAACACGUCGUCCGCAAGCUCCGUGGCAGCAUUGUUGAUACGAUUGGCUUUGCACGUCCAACAUUGGGUCAGCUUAACUCUCUUCAUUAUGUUCGUUGGGUUAUCUUUGAAGCCCUGAGACUUUACCCUGCUGUUGUACUUAAUGCAAGAGUUGCGAACAAACAUUCUACCUUGCCAAGUGGUGGUGGGAUUGAUGGAGCCUCAGCAAUUCUUCUUCGAAAGGGUGAAAUAGUGGUGUUUUCCACUUGGGCUCAACAUCGCCUGGGAGAAGAAUUUGGAGUCGCACCGGAAGAGUUCCACCCAGAACGAUGGGAACAUCUGUCAGGGGAUAUGCCCGGGUUCAUUCCCUUCAACAAAGGACCUAGAAUAUGUCCUGGUAAGUAUUACGCCAUGACGAUUCUCACAUACAUCAUCGCCCGCAUUUUUCAAACUUUCUCCACGGUGUCAGAUUACAAUGUCAAGCCAUGGACCGAAAAAAUCGCCAUGACGUUCGAAAACGAGAAUGGAGUUCUGAUUGGAUUGAAAUAG